AUAGAAUAGAAUAGAAUAGAAUAGAAUAGAAUAGAAUAGAUGAACGGUCUGCGAAUGUUGUGGGAAUAUUGAUCACAAACAAAAGGUGCUGGGAAACGGCAGAUUGAUAAAGUUUCGCUGCUGUGUGUGUGUGUGUGUGCGUCUGAGGCCUGCGCGGGUCAGAUGCGCGUCCACGCGUCGGUGUCACACACCUGUCCGGUGAGCUCUGCGCGUGUCGCUGGAUGGACUGACACUUUCACGGGGUUUGAACUCUAUUCGCGCUGAGAUGAAGGAGAAGUCAAAGACCGCGGCGAGAACGCGCCGGGAGAAAGAGAACAGCGAGUUUUACGAGCUCGCCAAGAUGUUGCCGUUACCGUCCGCGAUCACAUCUCAGCUGGACAAAGCGUCCAUCAUCAGACUGACCAGCAGCUACCUGAAGAUGCGCCUGGUGUUCCCGCAAGGUUUGGGGGAGGUGUGGGGUCGAGCCCGAUCUAGAGAGAACACUGCACAAGAGCUCGGAUCGCAUUUACUCCAGGUAAUAAUCAGCAAGAUGCUCCAGACGUUAGACGGGUUUAUAUUUGUAGUUGCUGCAGAUGGAAAGAUCAUGUAUAUUUCUGAGACGGCGUCGGUUCAUCUGGGACUCUCACAGGUAGAGCUGACGGGAAACAGUAUUUAUGAAUAUGUUCAUCCGGCCGAUCAUGACGAGAUGGCGGCGGUUCUGACGCCACAAGCGGCGUAUCACACACACUUCGUCCAAGAGUACGAAGUUGAGCGAUCGUUCUUCUUGAGAAUGAAAUGUGUUUUGGCCAAACGUAACGCUGGGCUCACGAGUGGAGGAUAUAAGGUGAUCCACUGCAGUGGGUACCUGAAGAUCCGGCCGUUCGGGCUGGACUCGUCUCUGUUCGACGGCUGCUAUCAGAACGUGGGUCUGGUGGCGGUGGGACACACUCUCCCGCCCAGCGCCGUCACCGAGAUCAAACUCCACAGCAACAUGUUCAUGUUUCGGGCCAGUCUGGACAUGAAGCUCAUAUUCCUGGACUCAAGGGUUUCAGAGCUGACAGGAUAUGAGCCACAGGACCUGAUUGAGAAGACCCUGUAUCAUCACGUGCACAGCUGUGACAGUUUUCACCUGCGCUGCGCUCAUCACCUCUUGCUUGUGAAAGGACAGGUCACCACUAAGUAUUACCGCUUCUUGUCGAAGCACGGCGGAUGGGUUUGGGUUCAGAGUUACGCCACAAUCGUCCACAACAGUCGUUCGUCUCGACCGCACUGCAUCGUCAGCGUCAAUUACGUCCUCACGGACACUGAAUAUAAAGGCCUGCUGCUGUCUCUGGACCAGUUGAAUCCCAGUAAACCAGCGUUCCCGUACACAAACCAUCACGAGCGCGAGGACAAACCUCCAGUGUCCAACGCCAGGAGCAAGAUCUCUCUCUCUGCUUACUCACAGUUCUCUGGCUUCCCGCCGGAUCGCUCGGACUCGGAUCACGACAGCCAAUGGGACGGCAGCCCUCAGCCUGACUCCGCCUCCCCGCGGCCGGACCCGGGCGACCCGUCAGAAGCGGCGGGAGUGUGUUACGGCCUCGCUCAGGCUGACGUGAUGCACAUGGGCUCACACACCGCACACACACACACACACACACCGCUGGGCGGGAGAGAGGGAUGGUGGGACGCCCCGCGAGACGGACGAGCGUUUCAUCAAACUCACGCUCACUGGGACGAGGAGCGCGCGCUCAGCUCUCCGGGAGCGUCGUCGGGUGAUUCCGGAGACAGUUGCCAUGACAACGGACCGUUUCCCUCGACCCCUCGGGAGCCGGAGAGGAUGGAGACCCGGAUCAGAGCCAAACCGGAGAUGAUUAAAGUGGAGGACGUUCAGAUGAGAGAUUAUCCCUCUCCGGUGCUGUUCUCCUCCAUGGGGUGCCGAGGGGCCCCGGGGCCCCGGAUCGUCCUGAGCCCCGACCACGGCCAGCCCGGCACCAGUCCUUACCAUGUGAACUCACACAUGCACUUUCAGACGAGCGCCACACACACACACACACACAACGGCACAUCCGUCAUCAUCAGCAACGGCAGCUGACGGGAAAACACUCGCUGAUCAGCCGGAGGAAAG